AUGCAAUUUAUUAUCGAAGAAUACUCAUGUGCAGCGUAUGUUGUUGAAUAUGUCAAUAAAACUAAUAGGGGUAUAAGUAAUUUACAAAGACAAAUUCAUGAAAUCAUGGAUGAAAACCCUGAGUUUGAUAUAGUAGAAAUAACUAGAAAAAUGAGUGUUAAUAUGCUCAACACCGUUGAAUUAACAAGCCAGGAAGCAGCGUGGUACCUUCUUCGUGAACCUAUGUCUAGAAGUUCAGUCUCCAUAGUUUAUAUUCCCACCGUUUGGCCUAUUGAACGACAGCGUAUUAGACGAACACAAAAAGAAUUAGAUGAAUUAAAUAUCGAUGAAGAUUCAACAAGUAUUUGGAAGGAAAACUGGUUUGAUAAAUACGAGAAGCGGCCACAAGAAAUGGAAGAAUUAUCACUUGCACAAUUCGUUGCUAAUUUUACUAAAAAUUCGCAAGGUGAUUAUAUUCGUCGAAAGCAACAACGCAUCAUUCGUUAUAGGAAUUAUGACAUAGCCUCAGAUAUAAAUGAGUAUAAAAGAGAAAUGGUGACUUUGCAUAUCCCAUUUCGGAAUGAAGAAUUCGAGAUUCUUGAAGAGAUGAAAUUUAUUAGGAUUUACGACGAAAAUGAAAAUCAAAUUCUGGAGCGACGUAAAGAGUUUGAAUCUGACUUAGACAUUAAUAAAACUAUAGAGCUAUGCCGAAAACUAUGUCGCGAAAAUGAAGAAGCAGACGAUGACGAUGAGAUUCAUGAUAUUGCCACUAGAUUUCCAGAAAUUAAUCCAUUCCAAACGCUAUAUGACAAUCCGAAUUCGGAUGUAAACAGUGAUUUACGUCUCGCAACCCUAAAUAAACUUGGUGCCAUUGCAAAACGGAAAGAAAAUUUAAUGCCUAACGACCAAUAUUAUGAGCUGAUGAAAAUGGCAAACCAAAAACAAAAGGAACUUUUGAUGCACGUCAUUUACAAUCUUCAGUUGGAAGAUCCUCCUCCGCUGCAAAUAUUUUUUACAGGACCAGCUGGAUGUGGUAAAACAUUUGUUAUUAAAUUAUUAAUGGAAAUUUAUAAUCGAUAUUCUGAAAGUGAUGGGUUUUGUAAUGCUUAUAUCGCUUGUGCUUCUACUGGUAAAGCUGCUGUGGCUAUCAAUGGGACAACAGUACACACUGCACUGAAGAUAAGUCUUUCAAAGUUGCUUCCUUUAUCAAUUGAAGUAGCCCAACAAUAUAGAUCACUUUUUAAAUAUGUUCGUGUAUUGAUUAUCGAUGAAAUUAGUAUGAUUGGAGCCGAGUUGUUGUCCCAAAUAGAUUCAAGGUUAAAGCAAAUCACCGGUAAUUUUGAAGUCCAUUUUGGUGGAUUAGAUAUAAUUUUGAUUGGUGAUCUACGUCAACUACCGCCAGUUCGUGCUACCCCAAUUUACAAACAAAUAAAACGACAAAUAGCAGGUUCAACACUAUGGCGAGGGUUGAAAUUUUUCGAACUAAACGAAGUUAUGCGACAAGCUAAUCAAAGUUUUGCAACAAUAUUAACAAAAAUUGGUAAUGGACAGUUGUUAGAUCAGGAAGAGCUAGAUUUAAUUGAGUCACGGAUUUACUCUGAAGAAGAAGCUGAGAGACUUUGUCCAGACGGUAUACGAUUGUUUUUUAAUAAUCAUUCAGUUGCUGAAUACAACAAUAAAAUUUUGAAUUCUAUAGAAGAAAAAGUGAAUUCAGAGGCAACUGAUAUAUAUAUUGGAUGUAGAAAUGUUGAACAGCAAACUUCUAUGCGUCAAAAAUUACAUAAAAUGUCAACUAUUGAUACAGGAGGUUUGCCAUAUCAAAUUACAUUGGUUUUGAACAAACCAUACAUGAUAACAACUAACAUCGAUGUAUCAGAUGGAUUAGCAAAUGGUGCGACGGGAAAAUUAAUUUUCAUUGAAUAUAAUGACAAAGGAGAGAUAGGUCGUUUAUGGCUAGAAUUUCCAGAAUCUCCAAAAAUCGGAGAAAAAUUGAGAAGAAAGGCAGCGGCAUCAAUUUGGAAUAAUAAUCUUCAUCCACUGGCAGUACCAAUAGAUCGCAGAACAUCAUCUAUACCACUAGUACCUAAUAAAACCGUUAUUGUAAAACGUAAUCAUUUCCCAUUAGUCUCUGCAUGUGCAAUGACGAUUCACAAGUCCCAGGGAGCUACUUUUGGUGAGAUUGUAUAUGAAUAUGAUAAAUCACACGUUCAACAACUCCUGUACGUCGCAUUAUCACGAGUUACAUCAAUAAACGGCUUAUAUCUCGUUUCAAAAAAUGAUAAAAAUUUUACCAUGGCCGAAGAGCGUCAGUAUCUACAAUUGAUCUACAACAUGAAUUUCGAAGGCUGA